AUGGCUGUUCCGCUAGUAUUCCCAAAGGUGACAAGUAGACAUUUUUUUUAGAAUUUUUAAAAUACAAGGCUACAAAAUUAUAUAUAUUUAGGAUGUAUUUGUGGGGUGUUGAAAUCAGUAAAUCCUCCCCAAAUUUCCAUGCAAUGUAAUGCAGCACACAUUCAGUAUACAAGCUCUCUGUAGAGAUUUUGUAUAAUUAUGCAGCUAUAUACACUGUAUACCAAUACGUCAAUUCGCUGGAUAAGGCUUUGAUGACAAAAAAAUGUCGGUGCAUAUUUUAGAUCAAAGAACAUCUAGAAAUGUGGAAUCCACUUCAGAAUCCAAGUUAUGGUUUGGAAGUUGUAAAAAGAUGGAAGAAAUUACUUGAGGGAGACAAAUCAAACUCCUUUACUUUAUCUACUGGGCCUUCUUUAGAUCCAAACAGGUUAGAAAAAUAUUGUGGUCUGAUGAGGCAUGCACGAAAAUGAUGUUAUUCUAUACUCUUUUAUUGGAAAGAAUUUUUCAAAAUGCAGCUAAAUAUAUCCUUUACAGAUUUUCUAUCUCAAUAUCAGGAGAAUAAAUACAGAUAUUGGUUUUAUUUGCAUGUAAUAGAACUUUUUACGUCACAUUGCAUUUUACCUCGCAUUCUUAGUUACAUUUGAUAAUAUUAAUACAUUUUGCAAUAAAUUUGUAGACGUUCUCUGGUUUUUAAUAUUUAUUUAGUACGAGCUUUCGAAGACUGCAUGAAGAGUGUAGACUGGUAGUCGAAAGCACGUACAGUAGUAAAUAAAUAGUUAAAAACAGAGAACAUGUACAAACUUAUUAUGACUAACACUGGUUUCGCUUCAAACGUAUUUAAAUACAUUUUGCGUUUCUGAGCAGGGUUUGACAGGAAUGUAUGGUAUAUCUGAAGAUUUUUGCAAGAUACUAUAUAUAGGCAACAAAGAAGUUUCAAGUGAUUUAAAUUAAAAUCUGAGCUGUAACUACCUUGAUCUAUUACUAUAAGUAUCGCUUUUUCAAACUUAGCAUGGAUACAUACGAAAGGUUGAUAUGGGAAGUUUGGAUGCCAGUUUUUAGAAGAUGUGCAAGGUAAUAUUUUGUAAUCAUACGCGAUAAAGAAUUUAUUAUUUUCGUUCGUAUCAAGACAAUUAUACCGUGUUCAUUAUUAAUGAGUUUUAGAACUAAUAAUAAAUAAUUAUUGGAUGAGGUUGAGCGUGAUAUCGAGAAUAAUCAAGGCCGCGAGGUUUGUAUUAUCUGCCGAAGCCGAAGGCUGAGGCGAAUAACACAAACCGAGGCCUUGAUAAUUUUCUAUAUCACGCGAAAAUCGAGUCCAAUAAUUAUGUUAUUACGCAUAAGAAUGACUAAGGAAUUAUUACGCAUAAGAAUGACGUCAGAAUUACACGACAUCACGCAUUCGUGAUGUCGUGUAAUUCUGACGUCAUUCUUAUGCGUAAUUCGUAGGCCAGCAACCAAUCAAAACAGAGAUUGUAUUAGUAAUGCGUAAUAAUAAUAAUUAUUAUUAUAAUACUGUUUUAGGAGCAUCCUAGGGUAAAUCUUAUAAGUACACAAUAAAUAGAAUAUAGAAUAUUCUAUGCAAUUAUUUUUUUAAUGAGAGUGCCAACUUAAUUUACAAUAAGUAGUUUUCAGAGGGAUGUAAUACAUAUCAAAAAACUUAAAUUCUAAAUAAUAAAUAAAUUAUACAAGACAGAUCUUCGUUCUUACAGGCCAGCUUUGCAAGGGCGGUAGUUAAAUGGAGUUAACAAGACAGCUAGAGCCUGGUCCCAAUUGUUGCAUUGGUUAAUCAUCUUUUAUUUUGUUUUCCCAAAGUGUAUGGAAUCCUCAAAUUUUGGAUGGUCUGGUUGAACUCCUUGAAAAUUGGCUACCUCUCCUUCCAUCAUGGAUAUAUGACAAUAUUCUUGAUCAAAUACUACUGCCCCGUUUGCAGGUGAGACUAUAAGUAAUAUCUAUAUAAUGUAUAUAAAGCUUGUCGUAUCGAUUGGACAUUCCGUUAAAUGUAGACAUAAAACAUAAAACAAGUGUCUCAACAGGGCUUCGAAAUAGCGCAGUCAUGUUCAGACUAAGGUUUGAUAUUCAGCGAGUGACAUAUACUCCAUUGGUAUCCACCAUAAAUUACUAUUUCUAUAGGCCUACAAUUUAACCAGAAUUCCUGGUUAAUCAACCAGACUAUCUACAAUUUAACCAGAAUUCCUGGUUAAUCAACCAGACUAUAUGGUUUAAUCAACCAGACUAUAUGGUUUAAUCAACCAGACUAUAUCAAGGUCGACGGAAGUAAAUCAAUAUUGGAAGGGAAGGUCGACGGAAGUAAAUCAAUAUUGGAAGGGGGGAGGGGGGUGGCUUUAAAGAAUAAAUCUGAAUUACUUUCGUACUUUUCUAGUUUUUUUUGUGUGUUUUGCUCAUACAAAUGGGGCUUGAGCCCGCUUCUAUGACGCGCGAAAGCGGACAAAAUUACUUUUCCGAAAUAUAUAUGACCUCAAUAUCAAAUAUAAAACAACAAUACAAAUAUAGUAGGAAUUGCCGUGUAUGUAUAUAUAAUAAUUCUUUAAUAUAAAACAUGUUCUUAAAUAUGUAUAUCAUCGUUUUUAAAUAUAAACAAUGUUGCCGAUUAUUUAACGUCUUCUCUCAUAUAUAUAUAUAUAUAUAUAUAUAUAUAUAUAUAUAUAUAUAUAUAUAUAUAAACAGUAUUGGAAUAUAUAAAUCACAUCACAUAUAUAAACAAUGUUCCCAUAUAUAAAUCACCUCGCAUGCCAAAUAUAUAAAGGGUGGUUACAAAGCGUUCGCUUUAACCGAAUUAUAUGAAGUACUGCUUAAACCAAUAAACAACGUCUUUUCACUCGACGUUGAGUUUGAGUGGUCAUGGCUGACAGGCAUAUGCGCAUUUUGGCAAAUUUAGUAAAAGCAGUAAUACCAUGCAAUGUUGCUGAUCGUGGCACAUCACAGAAAUCGAAUAGCGAGGGAAGUUAGUUCGGUUAGUGUUGAAGAAACAAUAAAGCGGUUGUUUCCAUCAACAGAGGGCUGUCAAGGUGCAAACGCCACAAAAUAUUAUUGAGAUGGAUGGCUAUGGGAAAAAUAUUUGUAAUAUUUUCGAACUAAAUAAGAUUUUCAUUAUAUUCCUUUCUUGUUCCACGGCGCGCUCUUCUAUAUAGCACUGUAUUUUUUUGCGUUUGCACCCUGACCACCCUCUGUUGAUGGAAACAACCGCUUUAUUGUUUCUUCAACACUAACCGAACUAUUUCCCUCGCUAUUCGAUUCCUGUGAUAUGCCACGAUCAGCAACACUGGUAACUGCUUUUAUCCAAAUUUAGCCAAAAUUUGCAUAUGUUUGUCAGCCAUGACCACUUAAACUCAACGUCGAGUGAAAAGACGCCUGCACUUUAUACAAGACGUUGCUUAUUGGUUUAAGCAGUACUUCAUAUAAUUCGGUUAAAGCGAACGCUUUGUAACCACCCUUUAUAUAUUUGGCAUGCGAGGUGAUUUAUAUAUGGGAACAUUGUUUAUAUAUGUGAUGUGAUUUAUAUAUUCCAAUACUGUUUAUAUAUAUGAGAGAAGACGUUAAAUAAUCGGCAACAUUGUUUAUAUUUAAAAACGAUGAUAUAUAUAUUUAAGAACAUGUUUUAUAUUAAAGAAUUAGCACACAUAAAUAUACGGCAAUUCCUAUCCUAUAUAUGUAUUGUUGUUUUAUAUUUGAUAUUGACGUCAUAUAUAUUUCGGAAAAGUAAUUUUGUCCGCUUUCGCGCGUCAUGUGCUUCCGACGGUCUUGCUAUAUGGUUUAAUUAACCAGAUUAUGUCAGGUGGACUAUUAACCAAGAAUUCCUGGUUAAUAAUCCACCUAACAUAAUCUUGUCUGGAGUCGUAUAGCUGGUUAAAUUAGCCAGGACUAUGAUCAAAUUAACCAGGACUGCGGUUAAAUUAACCAGGAAUUGGCAGGAAAUUUAACCAAGUUACCCCAAAUAGUGUUAAUCUUAGAUUAACCAGGAAAUGUUUUAACCAUGGUGUUUUUAGAGUGUAGCGUUGACAGUAUUUGCUGCUUUAUGCCGUUAGAUUUUUAAAAUUUCUGUCUUUCUGUAAUAUUCAUUUAAUUAAAUAAAUAGGCUGAAGUGGAGGUCUGAUCCUGUUCCUAUACAUUCAUGGAUCCAUCCUUGGUUACCAUUAAUGGGUAAGAUUGUUCAACAUUAAAUGUGACAGAAAUUCAUUCUUCCUAAAAAUUCAUGGCCACCGAGAUGCGGGGACAUGCAGGAGGGAAUUUUCCCCAGGUUGUCAAUCUCUAGGGCCACCCCAUCCUCGUUCCCAGUAGCCUGCGAACAGGCUCUCAAGCUGAAUUGAGAGCCUGCAUCGAUGACUAAUGAAUUUGAAUAUCUGCCCCGUAACGUUCGUUUUUCCAAAUAUGGAAUGUAUAUCCUUAUAUGGUGUUGUUGACAACUUUCGUGCAAACUAAAUUUAGACCGUGCAAACUAAAUUUAGACCGUACAGUUUAUACUGUUUUUCGAAAUAUAAGAUAUUGAAGCAAAAGUUCAAAUGUUUUAAAUACUGUUUUCUCAAAACAGAACAUUUCGUGCUUUGAGAUAAGAUGGUCAAGACCAAUUUGAUCAGUUAAUGUGUUUUUUAUGCAUAGUGCUUCAGCAGUUGACAUAUAUAGAGCUCAGCGGAAACAUAUAAAUUAUAGCAUCUGACCAAUGAGAAUUUCGCGUCACGAUUUGAGACGCAGAUAUUCAAAUUCAUUAGUCAUCGAUGCAGGCUCUCAAUUCAGCUUGAGAGCCUGUUCGCAGGCUACGUUCCCAGGGCCGCGCGCGUCCUCCCUAAGCCCUGGGACACACGGAACCGGAAGUGCAAGAAAACUUGCAGUUGUUUCUAAAGCGCAGAAACGAAGUAUUUGUUUUGAUAUAUGUUGAUAGAAUAAUUUUGCCUAGCGAAAAUUGCUCAACUUCUCUGCUCAGUGAAAUAGCAGUUAUCUGAGAAGCCAAUCAGAUCUCUCCAUUUAGUCGCCUAACCCAGAGCCUGAUUUUCAACGUACGAGUGACCGAGUGAAAAUAUCUCUACGGGACGAGAAUGAGGGCCACCCAGUUUGAGAGAAAGUUAAAAAUUGAGCGGGACCCUUGGCAAGUGGAAGUCCUCGGUCAGGUUGCCAUUUUCAAGUUCAAGGUCUCUGUACAAGCUUGCUACCAAAUAUAUCACUGUUUUUCUAUUUUAAAAUCAUGACGUCAUAGACAUGGGAAUUUAUCCCACACACCCAGCGAAAUCUCUUGGCAGGCCUUUCUUCAUGGAAGGAAAGAACAUGCUUUCAUAUUCACUGAAAGAAACAUGUUUUGACAUUAAAAUUGAGAAAGGUACUUAAACUUUCAUGUUUUAAUAACACCUAGGUAAACGACUUGAAACACUGUAUAUUCCAAUACGUCAAAAGCUAUCUGUGGCUUUAACAAACUGGCAUCCUUCAGAUCCUUCUGCUAAGCUAAUCCUCGAGCCUUGGAUUAAGGUAAAUCAAACCGGCCUAUACUAUACUCUAAGUGCUGGGGUUUUUUCUACACUCGCAGUGGAAAAACACGCAAACGCUUGCCUAAAGCCCGUUUUCCACUCGGCGAAUUUAUUCGCGCGAAGCGACGUUUUCCUUUGUCGGCAUCGCUUAUCACAUCAGCAAAAGCGACACCGACAAAGAAAAAAGUCGCUUCGCGCGAACAAAUUUACCAAGUGAAAAACGGGCUUAAUAGGCUUUAUGCUAGCAAAAAUCUUGGAAUACUACUGAGAUCUACUGAGACUAGUGACCUUUUAUUAUUACCAAACCGGGUGCUUCAAACAUAUAGCUGCUUUCUAGAGACUGGUACCAUGACAUCAACCUGCGUGCUGCCCUCGCUGCCUGCAAGCAAAUUAAUAGGCGCCUGCUAUACGCAGGCUAUAGCAACAUCUCAACCCUGUGGCAGCCGUUGCUCUCACCACUCUUCCUUGGAUCCCAUAUUGUUGCGCAGUAUUCCAUCUUGCAUCUGAAGAUGGUCUUGUAUUUAUCUUUAGUAAACCAGGGUAAUUCUUAUACUUGAAGUAGUGUAUAAGUUGCCUCAUGAUACAUUGUAACGUCUUGUGCGUUUCGUUGUAUUAUCAGGUAUUUUCCAAGGGAACUUUAGAUGCAUUUGUACUUCGUUCAAUAUAUCCAAAAUUAUCGCAAUGUUUGUCAGAAUUUGUGAUCAAUCCUCAUCAACAACAUCUUGGUAAGCAUGUUAAAUAUUUACAUGUACCUUUGUACUCUUUUUGUUUGUUUGUUUGUUUGUUUGUUUGUUUGUUUGUUUGUUUGUUUGUUUGUUUGUUUGUUUGUUUGUUUGUUUGUUUGUUUGUUUGUUUGUUUGUUUGUUUGUUAAUUUCUGAUUUUAAACGAAAUUCUAAAUAAUAUUGUUAUGUAGUCUAUAUACAGUAUAACCCAUUUACUCACGAUAAUGAUUUACAGUUUGAUUUACAUUGCAGAGUAUUUUACUGACUGAUUGCAAGCAACAGUUGUUUAUUAUGCUAUGGACAAUACCCGGGCAUUGACAUGCAGACUCGUUCUAUAUGUACAAAUGAGCUGGUCCGCACUCCACAGUGAGAUUAAAGCACUCACUUGCCCUGUCGACUAUACACCACCGUAUGCAUGCUUGAUUUCGUCAUAUUGUGCUCGAAACCCAACCUUGCCAGCUAGGAAAUGUACCCUAAUUUUUUUAAUAAAUAGCUUUCCAAACUCACAAUUUCUUCUGUAAAUCUUCAUUUAUAGAACCGUUUACCUGGGUAAUGGCUUGGAAGAAUAUAAUUCCUUUUCAACAUUUUGUCAGUCUUCUAGAGAAACAUUUCUUUCCUAAAUGGAUGCAGGUAGGAACUGUUUCUAACUUUGUGAAAUCAUAAAGUUGGUGUGUAUAUUUUGAAGAAUGGUACUGAUAUUAUUUGUGCAAGUUAUUUCCCCGACGCCAUGCCAGAUGAAUAUGGUAAAGGACUUUCUGUGUGGAAGAGGUUAUUUCGCUGACCUCAGAGUGGCAAAAUGUAACAAAGCAACGGUUUUACUAACACUAACCCUAUUCCAAACAGCAACUCUAAUCCUGACCCUAACCUAACCCUACUGCAAGUUUGUUCUAAGCCAAUCUUGAAGAAACAAGUUUUGACGAAAUACCAUUCUGAGGUCAGCAAACUAACCUUUCCCUUCUAUGUUUCCCUUCAGAUUGAAAGAAAGUAUCUUUGUAUUAUUAUUAGUUUGGAAAGUCUAAUUGUACACUGUAAAUCCUCUAGUAAUCAUGCCUCAUGGGUGGCUUACUCGUGUCAGGCGCGUAUAAAGGGCGGGGGUUGGCAUUUUGGAUGUAAUAAGGGGGUUGCAACCAAUCUAACGAGGUUCAAAAGAAAAAGAGAUUUUUGCCUUGUUGGAUAUUAUUAGAAUUGCAACAAGAAUAUCCUGUGUCAAAUUAAUACAUCAAACGCGGCGAUGACAUGAAGUGAGCAAUAUACUUGUAAUGGGGCUUGCUAGCGAAUACGUGAAGGGAACUUAGACUGCCUUUAUAUACAAGACCGGAUGAAUUUGUGUUUGUACUCAAAAUUGACGAUUUCGCCUCUCGAGUUCACAAUAGACGCACAUGAAACCAGACGAAUUCGAGCACAGCUAACUGGACAGAAUCCAUUGGGAACAGAUAAAAUCUGAUGAAACCAACGACUUUGUUCGGAAAUCGUCCGAUCUCGUAUCUAGGGCUCGAGUGAAUCCAAUUUAUAAAUCAGACGACAGACUAAAAUGUGAAAAUUAUAGGCCGAUUUCUAUACUGUCAAUCGUAAGUAAGGUUUUUGAAAGAGAGGUUUUUAGACAAAUUUAUAGCUUUGUUUCUGAUAAUUUCUUACUCUCCAAGUUUCAAUCGGGAUUUCGACCUAAACACUCCACACUGUCGUCUUUGAUACAAAUGUGUGACGAUCUACUUGAGAAUAUGGAUAAUGGCAAAAUAAAUUGUGUCGUGUUCCUUGAUGUACGUAAGGCCUUUGAUUGUAUAAACCAUGAAAUACUAUUAAAAAAGAUGCUUAACUACUUUGGUAUAUCAGGAAUUCCACUAAAUUGGUUCAAGUCUUAUCUAUCUGAUAGAGAGCAGCAAUGUCUGGUAAACGGUCAUUUAUCGAGCCCGAGAAAGAUAAAAUGUGGUGUACCGCAGGGAUCUAUCUUGGGCCCUUUAUUAUUCCUAUUAUACAUAAACGAUAUGCCUGACUCCUUAAAAUAUUCAACUCCAUCCCUUUACGCAGAUGACACAGAAAUUUAUCUAUCCUCUAAAGAUUGUGAUGACAUUGUUAUUAAAAUACACCUUGAUCUUGAAAAUAUUCGAAAAUGGAUGCUACAAAAUAAGCUCCAAAUUCAUCCGACAAAAUCGAAAUAUAUGUUUAUUGGAUCAGCGUAUCUGGUAACCCAAUUCUUGUUAAUAACGUUCCAAUACCCAGGACUGAAAAUUAUACUUGCCUUGGUAUCAACAUUGACGAAAAAUUGACCUGGGAAAAACGUAUUGAUAGGAUAUGUUCAAAAGUCAGUGCGGAAAUCGGUGCUAUAAGACGUAUUAGGCCCUUCGUAUCGUCUGCGACACUAAAAUUGAUGUACAAUGCUAUUGUGCAGCCCUACUUUGAUUACUGCAGCCCUCUCUGGGACAACUGUGGAAUCGGCCUCAAGGACAGGUUGCAGAAAUUUCAAAAUCGGGCUGCAAGAGUAAUUUCUGGUGCGACUUACGAUGUUCGGUCGGUUGAUUUACUUGAAAGCCUGGGUUGGAAACACCUAGAACUAAGGCGAACUUAUCUAAAACCUGUUUUUAUGUAUAAAAUUCUGAAUAACCACACCGCACCAAAUCUAAGAACAUCCUUUCGAUUGAAUAAUGAAUGUGAUAAUACCUAUGAUCUUAGAAAUAGAGAAACCGAUUUGUCUCUUCCUAAACCGAAUACCGAUUCUGGUAAAAGAUGCUUCAAAUAUAACGGAGCGGUAGUAUGGAAUAAUUUACCGUAUGAGGUAAAAGUAGCGGAAUCUUUAAGUUCUUUUCAAAGAACUAUUAAUCAGGCAAACACUUAAAAUUGGCUCGUCCUGUUGCCUACUGUAUAUGUAAUUCUUCUUUCUUUGUUUUUGUAUUUUUAAUGUUUACCUGUACUGUAUAUUUCUCCAAAUCACGCCCCUCGUGGAAAUCAGCUCCGAGUUGUUGAGGCCAGCGUGCUUAAAUAAAUUUUUGUAUGUAUAUGUAUGUAUGUAUCUAGAGCAUGCUGUAGGUGAUACGAGUCUGUUACACUGCAACUAUUUGAGUAAAAUAGUGCACCCACAGUGAGUCAAAAUAUUGAGCAAAAUUAAUCAAAUUUACCUAUUUUUCUGAGAAAAUUUCAAAUUUAUUUCAAAUUUAAACUUUUUAAUUAACUUUUGCCGUGAAUUGUAUAGGAAAGAAGGUCUAGUGAUAUUUCUAAAAUUUUGUGUAUUGCUUUCAGGUUUUACGAAAUUGGUUAUAUAAUCAACCUAACUACGAUGAAAUCACUAAAUGGUAAGUUUGCGGAUGGAAAAAUGCAUGUACCGAGUGGCCCAAAAAAAAGUAGUCCUCUUUGAUUCAGAAAAACUUAAAAAGUAAAAGAGCUCCUACACUUAAACAAAACGCAUUUAGUUCAGUAAUGUCUAACUUAAAUUUUGGUAUAUGCCAUGCAUGUGUAUUUUAACAUAGUUUUGGCCGAGAUAUUUGAGUUUGAAAGUAAUAUAAACAUUUUCAAAAUUUUCGAAAAUUAGCAAAAAACAGCCUAUUAAACUAAUUUUGACUGAUUUGACAACCAGUAUAACGCAACUAUUCGAUAUCUUCGGGGGCAAUUUCCUGGCCGACGUCGACUGAUGUGUAAACGGGGUGAUUGGCCUCGGCCUCCUCCUGCGAUUUUUUCUUUGGGGCUACGUGAAGCAUCGAAUUUGGAAUGUGCCACUUGAUCAACAACCAAAUAUUUUUAGAGAGCUUUGAGAGGCAAUUGUAACAGCAUACCGUAGUCCGCAACCUGGAUCCCCAGGUGAUCCGAAAUUCUUUCGACUGCAUGCUCACACGGGCAAGAAAUUGCACUUCUUGUUGGGCGACAUGCAUUUCCUAAUGAAUAGCAUUUUUAUUUGGAAAACAAACGAAUACUUUUCGACUGCAGUGUUAUUAUACCUACGCACAGGUUAUUGUAUUAACAUUUAAUAGGCCGUUCUUCGCUAAUUUUCGACAUUUCCAGAAACGUUAACUAAAAUUUAAAUACAGUUAUCUCAAGCCUGGUUUCCAUUAAAUCGUAAUCAUCGCAAUAGUCGCGGAACGCAGACAUCGCUAUCGCAAAAAUCGCAGUAAUUCUAUCUUUGCGACUUUGCCCAAUCUCGCAAGGGUCAGUAUAGACUUAUAGUAUGAAUGUAUAUUAUAUUAAUGUAUAUUGUAGUAAAAAUAUGUCGUAAAAUAUAAAUUUUAAAAUGAAAUUGACUUGCCUAUUUGAUAGUGUGUGUUCUCCUUUUAUUCCUCCUUUGUUGGACUAAUAUUUUCCGAGACUUUGUACUCGAUGUUACUAGUAUACAUGAAACAUGAUAAAGGCUAACGAUUCCCGAUCGUCGAUACGACGGCACGGCACUUCGAAUCGAAAAUUCUCACACUCAAAUCGCUUUAUUCUCAAAAAAAAUUCGCCAGCAUGUACAACAAAUGCCGUUCUUCGAAAAUACAGAGGUAUUUCGGCAAGAUGUACAAGUUUUUAGAACAGAUGCCGUUCUUCGAAAAGACGGAGGUACUUCGGCGAGAUGUACAAGUUUUGGAACCAUAUUUUAACAAUGGAAAUCAAAACCCAUUUUAUAUUGAACUUACCCGGACCGAAAAUUACUACGGCGAACGUCUGCGCAACCAGGCCUCCUUUACCGUUGGAUUUACAGGGGGGAGGAUGCCACUAAUAUAUUCACGAUAAUAUUUCGAAUUAAAGUAUCAUAUUCUACCAUGCUUUCCAACAAAGAGCCGCUGUAUAUUACUUCUUCCUUAAAUUUCUUCAAUCUCCGUCGUUUAAUUUUCUUUUCUUCGACAACAUCUCGAGUUUUAUACAGUAUCCGAUCGAAGGAGUUUUCAUUUUGAAUAUCAAAUUUCAAAUAAUGUAAACAGUCGCUACGCGGCCGCGAUUGGCUGGCUGUUACCGGAAAUAUCUGCUUCCCCCCCUGUAAAUCCAACGGUAAAGGAGGCCUGGUUGCGCAGACGUUCGCCGUAGUAAUUUUCGGUCCGGGUAAGUUCAAUAUAAAAUGGGUUUUGAUUUCCAUUGUUAAAAUAUGGUCCAAAACUUGUACAUCUCGCCGAAAUACCUCUGUAUUUUCGAAGAACGGCAUUUGUUGUACAUGCUGGCGAAUUUUUUUUGAGAAUAAAGCGAUUUGAGUGUGAGAAUUUUCGAUUCGAAGUGCCGUGCCGUCGUAUCGACGAUCGGGAAUCGUUAGCCUUUAUCAUGUUUCAUGUAUACUAGUAACAUCGAGUACAAAGUCUCGGAAAAUAUUAGUCCAACAAAGGAGGAAUAAAAGGAGAACACACACUAUCAAAUAGGCAAGUCAAUUUCAUUUUAAAAUUUAUAUUUUACGACAUAUUUUUGCUAUAAUAUACAUUAAUUUCAAACCCUCAUUAAUAAUUCAUAAGCUUAUUGGCAAAUCAUGUCAACUAUAAUAUGUCACGUGCAGUGGCUUUAAACCUGAUAAAACACUCCUAAUUAGUAUUCUUUAUAUAAAGAAUACUAAUAUGGCAGUAUCUAUUGUUGUCGUGUCCUCAUUAGUAUUUUUUAUAUGAAGAAUACUAAUAAGGCGGUAUAUCUAUUGAAUUUGUAUAGUCGUGUUUGAAGCCGUUUAAUAAACUCGCAGGUCGUGUUUUAUUAGGUCUAAAGCCACUCGCGCUGCGCGCUCGUGUCUUUAAACCUAAUAAAACACUACUGCUCGUUUAUUAAACAGUACAUAAUAUACAUUUAUACUAUAAGUCUAUACUGACCCUUGCGAGAUUGGGCCGCCUGUGGUGUGACUCAGGUUUUCAAUAAAUCGCAGUUUUUAUUAAAAUUUUCACGUUUUUAAAAUCGUUGCGACGCUUGCGAUGCGGUUCUUGCGAUAAUUACGAUUUAAUGGAAACCAGGCUUCAGUCAAUACUGUAUUAAAAUGCACAUGGUAUAUACCAAAAUUUAAGCUGGACUUUACUGAAAACAAUGCCUCGUGUUUAAAGGUAAGAGCGCUUUUUAUUUUGAAGUUAUACUGAAUCAAAGAGGAGUACUUUUUUGGACCACCCGCGAUAUAUCUCUGGUUAAAAUCUCCUGGUUAACCUAGAAAUACCAUUAUUUGGGUUAACUUAAUAAUAGUUCUGAUUAAAUUUCCUGGUUAUUUUAUCUCACUUCCUACCAUGGUCUGGUUAAUGUAAACAAGAAAUCUGGUUGUAUUUCACCUGGAUGUCCUUGUUACUAUGCAUGUGUCCUAUGACUAUGUUAGGUGGAUAAUAAUAAUAUUACUCGACUGUGAUGGGUUGAUUUCAGUGCAGUUAAUCUCAAACAGCAGUGCAAAAUUUGUAAUCACAGUGCAAUUUUUGUAAUCACAGUGUAAUUUUCUGUUAUCAUAGUGCAAAAAUCUGUAACAAACUGAUCUGAUUGGUGGAAAAACACUGUGAUGAUAAAAUCAACCAAUCAGUUUAAAGCAGUCCUCAAGUAACGGUCACAUGAUUGCUUCAAAACAAAACAAACAUGGCGCCGCGCUACAUAAAGUAAAAGUUGACUUCGGGUGGAAAAUAUGGCUUUUUACCAAAGCAGGAAAACUUUGUAUAUAAACGUAAAUUAAAACUUGUGUCGAACAUUUUUAUGUAUACGUAAAUUGCACUCGAAACCAUCCUAUAUUACCUAUAUAACCAGAGGCCCCUACUGAACAUCUAACAUAGCCCUUAUCCACCUAACAUAUAGUGCAGGAGGUUCUGGUCAAUUUAACUAGACUAUAUAGUAGGAAAAAGAGAAAUUUAACCAGGAAUAUUUUAACCCAUGCAAAUAGGAUUAUUUCUAAAUUAGCUUGGAAAAUUUUAACCAUAGGGUGUUGUUAGAGUGUAUACUCUCUUAAAAUAAAAUGGAAUUUCUAAUUGAUAAUUAAUUGAACGUGAUUUAAAUCGUUCUACUAGGUACAUGGGAUGGAAGUCAAUGUUUGAUGAUGAACUUCUCGGCAAUGUAACGAUAAAAGGUACCACGAAACCGGUAACUUUUCAAUGCUAAGUUUCCUUAUGUCGAAACGACGUGCAUGAAAGUAAGGUAUUAGGUUUGGGAUUGCAACUGGAUUGUAAGGAUUAAGAACAUUUUAACUUAAAAAAUAGCAUGGAUUUAAAUUUUGGUUGUUAAACUAGGAAAUUUAAAGUUUCUGACUUUAUUCUGUCUUUUAUCUAUAUCCGUCUGUGCAUAUCAUGUCUAAUAACUGUUGCUCAAUUGGGGAGAACUUUUUGGUAUAAAUUGGCUAAUUUUUUAUUAUGCGCAUAUAGAGAUUUUGUGUGCAUGCAUUCCAUGCAAGAUUUUUCCAAAACGAUAAAGAAUGAUUUCAACAUAAGGAACACAAUCCAAACACAAAAACCUGCAGCAGUCCGGAUGGACGAAAUUAAGUAAAGACCCUGGGUACGAGGAUGAGUGGAGAUCACAAUCCAUAUGGAGGCGUUUCCACUGCACUUUACAUGACGUAUUGGGGGCAAGCCAUACAUUUGUAUAUCAGUAAUUUGUACACGUUCACUAUAAUUGUUAAAUACGAUUUGUGUCUCGAACUACAUUGAGUUUCGAAGGUAAUAUAGCGUGACAUUAUAUUGUUAAUCUCGAUCACAAAUACUUAGUUUGCAAGACUAUACGGCAACAACCUAACAAAGGCAUGAAAAAUACUUAUAAAACCAACCAACAGCUAUUUGCAUUCACGCACAAACAGCAAACAUUUUCGCGCGUUUUUUUACGUUUGAAACGAGGCGUUUACCAUUGGAAACGGAAAUGUAUAUUCACUGCUCAUGUGACGUGUUACAGUGCAAAGGCUUCAGUUAUUUUUGCCGCAACUGUCAUGAUGUGAUGUGCCUUCGUGCACGUUUCAAUAUUUCCAAGCCCAUGAUAAUACGUUCUAGUCACAAAAAGUGUUAAUGUAAACAAGUUUGGUCGAUGUUAACAAUAGCGUGAGCUUGAAAGACUUGAAAAUACUGAAACAUGCACGAAGGCACAUCAAAACAUGACAGUUGCGCCAAAAAUAACUGAAGGCUUUGCCCUACGUAGCUGUGACACAUCACAUGAGCGGUGAAUACAUUUCAGUUUCCAACGGUAAAUGCCCCGUUUCAAACGUAAAAAAAACGCGCAAAAAUGUUUUCGGUUUGUGCUUGAAAUAUAGCUGAUCAUUUAGUCAUGGAAAAUGCGCUAUAGAAGUUUUUAAUUACAAUUACAAUAUAGGGGCUCCCGUUUAUCCGGAGUUCAAUUAAGUGUGAGGUUUUUUUAGCAAUUGAAAUACGUUUUUCAGCCCUAAACAAAAGUUAGAUAACUUUAAAUAUUGCUUAAACGAACGAAAUUAGGAACGCGCGAGAAGUUAUGUAGUGGAAGAAGACGAUUAAUAACAUUCAACAACAUUUGUAUUUUGUCUAAAACAUGGAAUUUCAUACAAUCUGUAACAAGUAAUUUUGUUAGAUCUAGCCUGUGAACAGACGUUCGACAAAGCGCGUGAGAGAACGAUCUGUGCAUGUGAGUUGGAUGAAGAUUCCUUGUUCUGGUCACGUGGAUUUUCCAAAGAUUUGUGGAAAGGCCUCUGAUUGGACAGUGCUUUAUUUGAAUAAUAUAUGACAAAUGAAGAUAUUUCAUUGGUUAAUUGAUAGUUAGCAUGCGUUUAAAAUAACAACACAAAAAUGAAAAAUUUUAAAUUCAGAGAUUUCCCCUCUGGAGAUUUCCUCAAGAAUCAAGAUUUCCUUCGGGCACACGUUGGGGCAUACAAAGGUUUGAAAGAUAUGAAAUAUAAUCUGUUGCGUUAAGAAAAUCAAAUUCUAGUGUUUGGACGCUCAGCGAACAAUGCUGACAAAUAUAUAAAAUACAACAAACUAUCGGCCGGAAAUUGACAAUUUAUAAUUGAACAAUUAAAUUGACAAUCUGUUUAUAUGUCCCGACCCCCCGCGACAAAGCAUUUUCUUUAAUGUGUUUAACUUCGUCUUAAAGCCCGCCGCACACGAGAGCAACUUGCUGAGCUAACCGCCUCGCGAGGUAGCUAGCUCAGCUAUGUAUUUUCACGGCACACGUUGGGAAAACUACUCAACAACAACAUAUAUAAUUCAGAAAAUCAUUUGCAUUUUCCUCCAUUUUGUUCCAAAUCACAUGAAGUAACCAUGGUUUGUCAUUGACUAAUUGAUUUCAACAGCUCAGCACUUAGCUCACAACACCCGCAGACGCUGAGAUUUUUUCCUCGCGAGGCGAAAAAUAUCAAACACGAUAGAUAUUUUCCUCAAGGCCUCGAGAGGUCAAAUCCUCUCGUCUGCGGCGGGCUUUACUCGGCCAGUUAACUUUCAAUUACUUUAAAAUGCACCUUUUGAAUAACCAGGUGUGUUUAUAUUUAAUACUUUGUCUUUGUAUAUAAGUCGUUCAAAUCAUCGUCAUUGUUUCUCUUCAACAAAAUCGUAACCCUUUAAAGGUUUUAUAAGCAGCUGAUGUAAGGUGGAUGUAUGAGGUCGAUGUAGGGUCGAUGUAGGGUCGAUGUAGGGUCGAUGAGAGGUCGAUGUGAGGUUGAUGAGAGGUCGAUUCUCUGGGGAUGUGUAGGGGUUGUGUACGGGUUCUGUACGGGUUCUGUGGGGGUUCUGUGAGGGUUCUGUAAGGGUUCUGUAGUGGUUCUCUGUUUGUAAACACCAGUACGUAACGGGACUAAUGAGCACCUGUUCAGAACAACUCAUGAGCAGGCAUAAGGCAUUUCUGCACAGUCAGUACUAACGGAAUGAGCUGUCAAUUUUGCGGAAAGCAAUUUAACCGUAGUUACAAUCUACGAAGACACGAGUCCACUACGCGGAACAAGAAAGAAACGUGUCUCAAACAGACUCGGAUGGCCAGGAAAGGGAUUUCCAAGACGGUGUCUCCACAACUUCAACUCAUGGAUCUGAGAUUUCGACUGAUAAUGAAACUGAAGAAGAAAUGGACCCUUGGAUACCAUUGAUAGAAGAAGCAAAGCAAAGAAGUAAUUUAGCUUUUGAGGAAAUGAAAGAAAGCCUUAUAAACAGUGGUCUAGAUGAACAAUCCGCGAAGGACAAUCCUUACUCUAAUAUUCUGCCUGAACUCCAGAAGGAACUGGAAAAUAUUUAUAUGGAGCGUCUCGUGUAGAUGAGACAACUAAAGAAAGAUCCAGCACAUAAGAAAAUUAGGCAGACAAAGGAUGCGCUUGUGGAAAACGAUGACCUUGAUCCAGAGUAAGCUAUGGAAGCUGCUAUUGAUAAGAGGAAAUUUCUUAUAAAACGGCUGUUAAAGGACUACGAUUUUGCUGAAGAGAACAAUGAUGAUGAUUUGAACAUGUAAAAACAUACCAGUAUUAUAAAGACACAGCAUGUAAACUUCGAGUCAUUAAAUAAAUUACUUUUCCUGUCUUUUCUUGUCAUUUUUACAUGGGUCGAUCGGAUACAUGCACAAUGAAAUGGCAAAACCGCGCGAAAAUGCAUACAUAUGUGUACUAAUCAAUUUUCUGCAGCGAAGCCUAAACGGGCCUUAUGAGCAGAUGAGCAUGUGCUCAUGAGCAGUUAUGGGCAUGUUCACAUAAGCUCGUUUGUGACUCCCUAUUUAGAAAAGUUAUUCUUUGGUUUUAUUGUGUUUCAUUGUUAUAAUCAGCCAAUCACAGAACCUAUAGCGUCAAGAUCACCCUAUUUUGCAUGGGGUAGAACAAUUCUGAACAAAGGCAAAUGACCCAUAACAAUGGUACAAUCCUUGUAUGAUUCGGUCAUCAGAAUUUUCAUUGUUUGGAAGCUCUCGCCGUUCCCCAUGCGAUCCAGCCUCGUAUUAUUUUCAGUUUUAUACAAAAGCCUAUAUUCAAAAUAAUUUUUUGUCUUUAUACAGGGUGUAUCAAAAAAAUCUACACCCUUUCAAUUCGUUGCUCUGCAGUAAGCUGGCCCAUUUUAUAUCUUAUGCAGACUUGAAUAAUGCUUAAUUUAAACAUUUUUCUUUGAGUUGUGUAUUUGUUCAUACAAAUAGAAGUUAUCUUAAAUUCCCAUGUGCAGAAGACCUUGUGUUUUCACGCAUUCAUUAAUUCGAGUAAUUAUACGGCUGUCAAAUUACUACAAUACAGGGUGUCUCAAAAAAAAAAAAAAAUCAUUGAAAUUGACGUAUUGUUCGAUAUUCAAUGCCCUAGCACUAAGUUAAUCCCACGAGUGCAUAAAAGAUUGACAUAACUGCUAUAAUGAAUGGUAAUACUCAGCGUAAACGUGUUAUGUCAGGCAUAAAGUACUAAACCCACGAAUGCAUAUUACGCAUAUUACAAUUUACGAAGCAUUUUUAAAUUCCCAUGAGCAAACAAACGUUCACUUUACAAAGAUAUUUUAAUUUUUUAAAACAAAUUAAUCACCCUGUCAAAAUCCUUUGUAUUACGGCAUUGAAAUUCGAACAAUACGAUUUUGGUUUUUUUUUAGACACCCUGUAUAUAUAUAAUUUCGCUUACCUCAAAAUUCCGCAACAGUCUGUUUCAUCAGUAAAGAAUCAUCAGGCGAUACCGCCUGAUGAUUCUUUACUGAUGAAACAGACUGUUGCGGAAUUUCGAGGUAAGCGAAAUUCUACAUUUGCUCUAUCUUCAUGAUAUUGAGCACUCUUUGCGUUUCGUAUUCAUAAACCUACUCGUAUAUAUAUAUAUAUAUAUAUAUAUAUAUAUAUAUAUAUAUAUAUAUAUAUAUAUACAGGGUGUAUCAAAAAAAGCGCAACCUCGGAAUUUCCCAAGACAUCGACAUUGUUUUAAAGACAAAAGAUUUUAGGCGCCUGGGAAUUUAAAAUAGCAUAACUGUCAAAAUUACUGCACACGCGAGUGCAUAAAGCAAAAUUUAUGCAUUUAUUUAAUGCACAACGACAGUAAUAUGAUCUAUUAGCAAUUCGAUUUCAAUUCCCAGGGGCCUAAAAUCUUUUAUGCUUACGAAUUGCAAACGGAUUUCUUAGGAAAUUCCGAGGUUGCGUUUUUUUUUAUACACCCUGUAUAUGUAUAUGUAAGCGCCUUUAUGGUGUUUUUUUUUCGCUUUUGCUUUCGUCGCAAGUUAAUUGAAGAGCGCGAGUGUCAAACAACGAUAACGACUAAGCGGUAUAUCGAAUGUCAGGUUUAUCCGUGGACAACAACGUCGAGGCCAUGUCGACUUCUACUGAAUCUAUUCACCAUGCUUGUGGCUUGAAAGAAUCAGAUCUAAACGAGUUUUUCUUAGCUUACGACCCUGAGUUUAACAACGAAGACUUGCAUGACCGCGUUUUGAUCUUCGAUGUGGUGAACGAGCAAAGACAAACCGAUAAUGCUGUCUCAACUACGACGCCUAUACUGGGAGACAAGCUAGAAACAUGUAGUAUUGCAGGAGAAGUAAUUUUGUCGUCCCCUUGCGCUGAAGGAGGUUUAAACCUGAAAGAAAUCGAAGUCAUUUCAGAACAAGUUAAGGUCUCAGAACGCAAAAGACAUUUAGACGAUGCCGAACAACAGCAGUCCCAAAAUAAGAAAUCUAGAGCAGAGUACGAGAGUGACAUAGACGAAAAUAUAGGCACGGCUGUUCCUAUCCAAGUCGAAACAACUACCGAAUUUGGAAAUGAUAAGCUUUGCACAAACGAGAAUAUGGCGGAAUAUGACUUUGUGAAUUCAGAACCCGUAACUAUACGCGCGCACAAGAUAUUCGUGCACGCGACAUUCCUAGCCGUACAUAGCAAGUACUUUCGAGCAAUGUUUUACUCGGGAAUGAAAGAAGCAACGUCUAAAGAAGUGCAUAUCAAGAUACAUGAGUCCGAAGAACAAAGUCAUUUAAAAAUGCUUGAAGCCAUAUAUCGUCCAUAUGUCCUUGAUAAUUCAUCCGUGGAGGAAUUGUUACAGAUACUUGAACUGGCUGAUAAGUACGAUGUAACGUAUGUAUUCCGGAAGUGCAAAUACGUAUUACAUAAAUGCAAUCUUAGCAUUGCUGACUGCGAAAUGAUCAUUAACUGUAUCGAAAUCAAGCAAAAGAUGCCAUCCACUUCUGACCUGGCUGCAACCGUAAGAGGAUUUUUAGCGAGUGAAUUCAAUCCAUUUGAUACAAAAUGGGAAACCGACAAGUUUACUAGUUUAUCGGAAACAUUGCUGCGUGUUUUGUUAAGUUGUGAAAAUUUAGAAACACGAUCUGAAAAUACAAUUUUUCAUGCCUUGAUGUACUGGAUUGUAAGUACCGGUUACAACUAUAACAUUAUUCCAAACGAAACGGAAUCUCUUUUAAGUCUGGUUAAGUUUAGAUUACUCACAAUUGACUAUCUUUACCAUGUCGUACAAAACCAUCACAUUGCGAAAGAAAUGCCAUCAUUCUCAGAGCUGUACCUGAAUGGAAUCACAUAUCAUGCCUUACCAAGCUCAAUGAAAAACAUUGUACCUACUCGACCGAAAUCUCACGAAAAUACCGAGCAGUAUACAUGGGUGAUAACCAGGGAUGAAAUGGAAGCCUUACGGCAAAAAGGAAGGUCAACCGCGGAAGAAACGGAAAACGAACCAAAUAUCGCAUCCGACAAUUGCCUUAUAUCUCCUAGAUUUUGGUGGUGCGGUUAUGAGAUGCAAAUGAACAUGUUCCUCACCAAAACUUUCGCAUUAUGCCUGUACGGGAAGUUGCAUUUACUUGUUCAUGGCUUGAAGAAAAGAAGUAGACUUCCUGUUAAGUGGUUCAUACUAUGUGAUGAAAUUAAAUUCUGGGCCACAUCUUUCGUUGCAUGCACGAUGUUCACUUUUGACACGAAGAGUUCAGGCGAGGAUGUAAUAAUUCGAAAACGUCCAGAGAUCGAGAACGGUCGUUUUGUAGUUCCUCAAGCAAUCACUAUUGGCAUAUGUAUUAGUCAUGACCCGAGCAGACUCCGAUAACUGAGUGUGUCAGGAAGACUUCAGAAACAAUGCCUGUCAUAAACUCGUGUUAAAUGUUUAUAUAAGGAACCCUUUAACUAUUCGCUGUUAUUAAUUCAUCCAGUCAAAAUGCUAGGCAGUUUAGUUUAAUUAGCCUUUCUCACGAAGGCCAAAAUCCGCCAUUUUGGGUAUAUACUGUCUGCCGUCGUGAAACAUUCUAAACAAUUCAAACAACGUGAAAAGCGACUUUUAAAAAUUGUGUAACUGUUAAUUUACCAUUAUACAAACAACUACAAUACUAAAAAGUUGUGUUUCGUGGUGUGGAGACUCUGAAACGAGGAAAAGGCAGUACCCAAAAAUGGCGGGAAAAGCGGCCGUGAGAAAGGCUAGUUAGAUGCAAGCACUCCCAGCGAGCUUGCAAGUUGGUUUUCGCCAAGUGUAGCAAAGAACCUUUUCAUGUGCCGCAUCUAAUGGUAUAUAAUUUGUUAAGUUCGAUGCUUGAAACAGGCCUUAUUCAUGUUUUGCAUGUUGGGUUGCAUGCAACUUCAUGUACACUUUUAGGCGUAUAUGCAUAUAUUUAACUGUGUUCUCUUUUUGAUUAAGUAAUAUAACGACAUAAUAAUUACUAUUUUAAAAAUACUGUGUAUUUUGCAUGCUAGCCUACUUCAUUUUAAUUGAGAUAAAUAACUGCAGUUAAAAUCUUCAAAUGUAGAAGACAAAGGUUUGGCUUGUCCCUUUCCUCGACGUGUGUAUCCCAUGCAUACGUCGUGUGAACCGCAUGGAGAAUCAGAGAGAGUCCACAUGUAGGAUGCUCUUCACCCAAUUGCAGAACUCGAUAUACGACAAAGAUCCUGGUUCAUGCUGGUUACGUUUCUUUACAAACUAGUCUCUGUAUUUAUGGUUUAAUAUAAUUGUGGUUUCAGCAUAAUGAGUCAAGCGCCCCCCCCCCCCCCCCCCCCUCUCCUAAAUGACUAUGCACUAUAUAGCAUCCUUAACAAUAUUAAAUUGCUCUCUAUUCUAAAUUUUUAGCUCAAUUUAACCGUGGUUUAGACGUCAUGAAUCAAGCCGUUUUCGCCCCUGAAAGCGUACAACAACCUGGUGCACGAGAAAAUGUCGCAUACUUAACAAACACGGAGAGAAGGUAACUCUUCAAUUCGAUAAAUUAUUUAGUCCUACCUCGAUACGAUAAUUGAUAAUGUAUACAAAUGAAUAUAGUAUAGCACAAAAUCGGCUUUCUUCCUGACAUGACGUGUCACGAUUUUAAGAAAUCUUGUGCGCGAAUAAUAGAAUCUUACAUGUGCAUCUUAACUCCUAUAUAAUGUUUUGUUUUGUAAGCUAUCUUAUGCUGUGUAGAACACCAUUAAUUUUAGUGAUUUUACUUAUUAUAACUACUUCUUAAUUGCUACACAAAGUUAAAAAUCUCAUUAAUAAUUCACGAGGAAAAUACAAAAGAAAUGAAUGUUUAAUCAAUGUUUGUAAAUCGGAUAAAGAUUUGUCCUGAUUUACAUAAACUUCAGCUUUUAUUUUCUCAGGUUAGACAAUGUUUAUUUUUAAAUAUACUUCGCCAAUAAGAUGGGUCAUUUUUCGCAUCCGAUCUUUAUCCGAUAUACAAACUCUCGCCUUCGGCUCGAGUUUGUAUAUCAGAUAAAGAUCGGGUGCUCAUGUUUUAACUAGUACUUGUGAUCAACAUUUUAUGGCAAGUUCCAUUUGUAUUAUUUUCAGAAGAGAAGCAGAAGCUAGUUCAUCUAUUGGGAAACCAAGACCACAAGUACGUAAAACAAAUAUUCGAGUGUAAAACUAGAACUAUAUAGGUAUAAACCUUGCAUGCAUGCAUGCAAUAUUUGUAAAUUAAACGGUUUGUCUAAUGCAAUGCGUGUAUUUUAGGUAGAACCAGCGAGAAAUACAGCAGAACAAAAUAUACCAACGAAUUUCAGAGAUUUAUUGGAAAAAAUGGUAAGCAUGAAUUUUUUUGUGUGUUAUGUACUCAUUCAGGUGAAUAUGAUGUUUGUGAUGUUACUCGUCCUUCGGACUCGUGCUAUUUUGAGGUCUUUGAAAAACUCACUCUUGCAUGCCAUAUCCAAAUUGCACUCGAGACCAUGCUAUUACCUAUACUAACCAGGAAAAUUUGAACCAGAGUGUUUUUGGAGUAAAUGCACGCUUGGGACUAGUUUCAUGCAAAGGCUUGCAAAGCAGUAUCUAUACGAAUAUGCAUGUCGCUCAACUAUACUCGUGCAACAAUACUUUAUUUCUUUCAGGCGAAUGAAUACGACAUCUCGUUCCUACCUAUCACAGGGCGACGUCAUGAAGGCAAAGCUUUGUAUUCGUACGGAAAACUCACGAUCUUUAUUGAACGAGGGGUUGUUUUUUAUCAAGCUCCAAAUGGCAGCUUUAAUCCUGUUUCCAUAACGAACCUUGUAAAUAUGGCCAAGUAGUUUGCAACGCCAUGAGCAAAGAAUGGUCUAUUAAUGGUGUCAUGCGUUUGUGCGCAUGCCUGACACGUGAAAGAAGCAUCAAAAUUUAAAAUCAUUAAUGGCUGGCGACAAACAUUAGGCGUUUUAGACCUGACUAUGAUCUAGUUUGUUGGCAUUAAUCCACAAAAUAAAUAGGGCUGAAGGAGUCCCGUUAACUAUAUAGUGGCUUAGUCCAAGUUUAUGUAAUAUAUAUAAAAUGUGGUAUACAUAUAAGUGUAAUUUUAUUGCCCUCUCAGGUAGGAAAUUUAAAAUUGAAUCAUGCGCGAUCUAUCGUUAUACUACAAAAAUAAAAACAAAAUCAAGGCUAUAAUUAACUAUAUACUGAAUGCUAUACGCUACUGUUUACUAUGGUAUAUAACUAUCACUAUAUAUUUUACAUUCUAUUCAUUCCAAAUCACGCUUUCAAGUACAAUACCACAAUCCGCUUCUCUUACCCACGACCCGCUCCAAAUAGAUUAUCCUAACGUGUAACAGUGCAAUUACUAAUUUGCCUUAAUCUUCCACUAAAAGUAAAUGGUGAUAUUGCAAGUAUCGUCUAUUUCAGGGUUAUAUGAUUACCAUUUGCGCCCCACCCUCUAAUCACUCUUACAGAAAAUUCAGUAUUUAGUGAUUUGUCAAAAUGCAACCUUAACAUAAGAAAGGGGGAAAAGACUAACUUUUCACCACAUUUUUUAUUACCGUUUUCCCCAUGCUGCUAGGUUGGGGGAAAAGGAUUCAUUCCUCAUGAUCAUGCCCUGCAUGCCCUUGUCUCAUUUGAAGUUGAGGGAGACCGAGGAGUGGAAUUUCGUAAAACCGCAAAUGUGGUAAUACACCAAAGCGCGGAUGGAUAUGGAUGCAUCACAUUCUAAGAAUAUUUAUGAAGAUAAAAAAAGCGAAACUAAAUUGCAUAUAAGGUGGCACUUUAAUGGGGGUGGGGUGGGGGGGGUUUGGGGGUAAUAUACAGUAAAUAAUAGCGGUCAUGUUCUUGACACGUAUAGUCAUUUAAAAGAGGGUGAUGGCCGCUAAUAGAGAGUCGCUUAAUUGAGGUGGCAGAUUAAUGGAGGAUACUAAAUAUUCUACCAUUAUAGUGUAAAUUAUAGCGAACAUUUUUGUGACACGUAUAGCCGUUUAACAGAAGGUGCCGCCUAAUAGAGGUUAUUAUUAGAGAUUAUCCAUAUCUAAGGUGUCAAAACUGGUAUUUUCUUUCCCGUUGGCGACUGUUGUCGAGGUUAUCUCAACGGACUUCUUUCUAUUUCUAUUACAAUAUUGAUACCAGUAUACCAUCAGAAUAUAUAGUUAAGGUUAUUCUAGCAAAUAUUUAUGGUACAAUAGAACACUGUAUAGUGAUCAGUUCGAAAGCUUAUGCUCCUUUGAUCACUAUACGGACUUAGUAAAUUAAUUUGAAAUUAUUAAUUAUAACUGUUUUUGUGUAAUUUUAUAUUAUUUCUUUUCGUGUAAAUAGUGCAGUUUAUUAGUAGAUCUUAAUACAUCAUGAAAUCUAUACCAGAAUUUUCAAACUCCUAUUAUAGGAAUCAGGGAAAUCUAAGAGACCAGGACUAUCCUUGUCGACAAGUAAUAUUAAGGUAUAACGUUCAUUGAUGCUUCAAGGCGUUGAUGCUUGACCACCUCACUGGCUCACUGAACAUAAAGAUUACAGAACCAGUUCAAUUUUUUUUUCACAACCAAUCGACGUUAAUACUUGUUAGUUUAAAAAAGAUUUAAAAAUAAUCUUUUAUGAUUUAGAAACGUUUGGAGUGCAGGUCCUCCGUUGCCUUCAUGGGCAAUCGCGAUGUUCAUAUAUCAGUAUACGUAAAAUAUAUGGUUUUUGUAAAUAAAGGUUGUGGACAUGACAGGACGUGAAGCUAAGAUAUUGACAGGUUAUGGAUCGUUCGCUACCCAACACGCUAAUCCUGAGAACGAAUCAACAGGUAUACUAUACUAGGGUUGGUUGUACAAAGGCCAGAUAGAACUAUUCAUAUAGCAAUAUAGGAUAGUGAUUUUUUAAACCGUAGAAAAAAUUCUUGAAAAGUGAUGAAAUUACGAAUAUGGACCCCACAAUUAAUAAGAGGAAACUUUAAUUUUACAUACUGUACUAAAGUUUUAAUCUGGGUUAUACCAGUCCAAUCCAAAGAAAACUAGAAAAAAUCACUGUCCGCAGUGGAUAGCGCUAUCCGGCUUUCGUACAACCGGCCCCUGCUGAAUAUCAACAUGAUUCGUAUAAUUGAAUCUUUAUUCGCAUAUUUACUAAGCUCUGCAUGUUUUUCCAAUGAUAAACGCCGGGGGCGAGGGCGGUAGCAGGCUCCAAGGUUUUUUUUUAAAUGUUGGGUUCCUGAAACUGUAUUUUGAAGACAUUUUUUAAUGUAAAUCUCAAUUGUUGUUCUUCCCAUAACUCUGGCUUGUCCAAAUUGUGCUAGAUCUACAGCCUUUAACGUGCUGAGCGUAUCGGUAAAUCCUGAUCUGCGAGUCAGCAACGUUUCCCUAAUUUCCAGAAUCAUCAUGCACUGAUUUUUUUGUUUAGUUUCAUCCCAAGUAAAAGAUGACCGUGCAUUUUCACUUCCCGAACUGGAAUACAAGUUGAAUCUUUUGUUGGAUUUCAGUGAAUCAGAAAUUGUUCAAGUUGACAAACAGUAAGUUUUGUUGCCGAAAGUAUCUUUUUCGUUAUUUUAAACGUUUGCAGAUGUUCCUUUACAUAUGUGGAAUACGUCUAAACAGCUUCUGUUUUGCUGCUACCAUGUUAUACUGUACGAGUUACACUACUGUAUUGGCUCUCGUGACGAGAUGAUAGUUCAGCUCAAACAAGCUCAAUAAACAUUAUACAUGGUGUUCAUGCAUGUUAAAUUUAAUAAUUCGUCAACAUGCAGCAAAUGUGAAUACAAAGAUUUAAUUUCUUUAUUUAUUAUUCUUAUCCUUUGUUAGACUCCGUCAUGAACGAGACUUGAUCGUGAAUUUAAAAUAUGAAGAAGAAAGACUCGGUAAAGAAAUUGAACAGGAAGAGAAUGAUAUGAAACAAUUGGUUGAUGUUAUUAUUGAAAAGUAG